AUGACACAGCCCUCGAAUGGCAUCGCCCGAGAACAGCCCGACGGAUUCGCGAAAGAGGCGGUCGAAGACACCCAUACUGGAUAUUCAACCGCAAAUGCAUCAUCGCGACAAUCUCUCGAUACCCCUCCAGGACACGGCGUGAACGUCGGCCGUGCUGAACGCGAAUUUCACGAACUGCAGCGCACGCUCAGUGGUCUCAGCCAGGCUGACAGGCGACUCUCUCGCGUACAGAGCCAGAGGAGCCAAAAGAGCGAGAAGCAAAAUGCAACGCAAGAUAUCGAAAAGGCCGGAUCUGCGUCGCCGGCCUCCAGCGAGGAUGAACCUUUCGAUCUGGAAGAGACGCUGCGACACAACAAGCGCAUGGAGGACGAGUCUGGCAUCAAGCAGAAGCAGAUCGGUGUUGUCUGGGACAAGUUGUCCGUGUCAGGUAUGGGAGGCGCGAAGAUCUUCCAGCCAACAUUUCCGGAUGCUUUCACUGGCUUCUUUGGAUUCCCCAUUAGAGCCGCGAUGGGACUACUUGGGUUGGGAAAGAAGGGGGAGGAGGUCAAGAUCUUGAACAACUUCAGAGGCGUUGUAAAGCCAGGCGAGAUGGUGCUCGUUUUGGGACGACCAGGCUCAGGCUGCACAUCAUUCCUGAAGGUUAUCGCAAAUCAGCGUUACGGAUACACUAGUGUCGAUGGCGAGGUCUCGUACGGACCGUUCACAUCAGAGGAAUUCGACAAGCGAUAUCGUGGCGAGAGUGUAUAUCUUCAGGAGGACGAUGUACACCAUCCGACCCUCACCGUUGGGCAAACGCUCGGCUUCGCACUGGAGACCAAGGUCCCUGGCAAGCGUCCGGGUGGCGUGACUGCCGCUGAGUUCAAGGAGAAGGUCGUUGAUAUGUUGUUACGCAUGUUCAACAUUGAACACACCAAGAACACCAUCGUCGGCAACCCUUUCGUUCGAGGUAUUAGCGGUGGAGAGCGCAAGCGAGUGAGCAUUGCGGAAUUGAUGAUCACCGGAGGCUCAGUGUACUCCCACGACAACAGCACUCGUGGUCUGGAUGCCUCUACCGCUCUCGAUUAUGCAAAAAGUCUCCGGGUCCUCAGUAAUAUCUACAGAACAUCCACUUUCGUAUCGCUGUACCAGGCUUCCGAGUCAAUCUACGCACAAUUCGACAAGGUCCUCCUGAUCCACGAAGGCCACCAGAUCUACUUUGGACCCGCGAAGGAGGCCAGAGCAUACUUUGAGAGUCUCGGAUAUCUCCCAAAGCCAAGACAGACCAGCCCCGACUACCUCACGGGUAUCACCGACGAUUUCGAGAGGGAAUACCAAGAAGGUCGGGAUUCAUCCAACACUCCAUCGACCCCUCAGGAACUCGUCGAGGCUUUCGAAAAGUCCAAAUAUGCCACGCAACUCAACUCCGAGAUGGACACAUGGCGGCAGCGUGUCACAGAAGAGAAGCAGGUUUACAACGACUUCCAGACUGCCGUCCGCGAGGGCAAGCGUCGUGCUCCGGCCAAAUCUGUCUACUCAAUUCCCCUAUACAUGCAGAUCUGGGCAUUGAUGAAGAGACAAUUCAUCCUGAAGUGGAACGACAAGUUCUCACUGGUUACCUCCUACAUCACCAGCAUCGUUAUCGCGAUUCUCCUCGGUACCGUGUGGCUCCAACUACCCCAGACCAGCUCCGGAGCCUUCACCAGAGGUGGUCUACUCUUCAUUUCCCUAUUGUUCAAUGCCUUUCAAGCCUUCGGAGAGCUCGCAUCCACGAUGAUAGGUCGGCCCAUCGUCAACAAGCACAGAGCCUACGCCUUCCAUCGGCCCGGUGCGCUCUGGAUUGCUCAAAUCGGAGUCGACAUUGCCUUUGCCAGCGUACAAAUCAUGGUAUUCUCUAUCAUGGUCUACUUCAUGUGUGGACUGGUCCUGGACGCCGGCGCCUUCUUCACGUUCUACCUCGUCAUUGUGUCCGGCUACCUGGCAAUUACCCUCUUCUUCCGCACGAUCGGAACUGUCUCCCAAGAUUUCGAUUACGCCAUCAAGUUUGCCGCCACCAUCAUCACUCUGUAUGUGCUUACCAGUGGAUACCUGAUCCAGUACAUGAGUCAACAGGUGUGGCUUCGAUGGAUCUUCUACAUCAACCCAGUCGGACUUGGCUUUGCCGCACUCAUGGAGAACGAGUUCAGCCGACUCGACAUCCAAUGCGAAGGAGCCUCGCUCAUCCCGUAUGGCCCAGGCUAUGGUGAUAUCCAGCAUCAAGUCUGCACUCUGCCUGGCAGUCAAGCUGGAAAUCCGACUGUGUCAGGAUCUGCUUAUAUCGACACAGCCUUCCAAUACGCCGAUGGUCUCCUCUGGCGUAAUUGGGGAAUCAUUAUCGUUCUGAUUACCGCUUUCUUGAUCAGCAACGUCACUCUCGGAGAAUGGAUCAAGUGGGGCGCUGGCGGCAAGACUGUCACGUUCUACGCCAAGGAAGACAACGAGCGGAAACAGCUCAACGACGCCCUCCGCGAGAAGAAGUCCAAGCGCACCAAGAAGGACGGCGAUCAGGGCGGUUCGGAGCUGUCAGUCGAAAGCAAAGCGAUUCUCACUUGGGAAGACCUCUGCUACGAUGUCCCUGUUCCAUCUGGUCAGCUACGCCUACUGAAGAACAUUUACGGAUAUGUCAAACCUGGGCAACUGACCGCGCUUAUGGGUGCCUCUGGAGCUGGCAAGACGACCCUGCUGGAUGUUCUCGCUUCCAGGAAGAACAUCGGUGUGAUCUCCGGUGAUAAGCUCGUGGAUGGCGCGCCACCAGGUACGGCAUUUCAACGAGGUACUAGCUACGCCGAACAGCUGGAUGUUCACGAGGGCUCUGCCACUGUGCGCGAGGCUCUUAGGUUCUCGGCGGUCCUGAGGCAGCCAUUCGAAGUUCCUCAGGAGGAGAAGUAUGCCUACGUCGAAGAGAUCAUCGCGCUUCUGGAAAUGGAAGACAUUGCCGACGCAAUCAUCGGGAGUCCAGAAGCAGGUCUAGCUGUUGAACAACGGAAGCGUGUCACAAUUGGAGUGGAGUUGGCAGCCAAGCCGGAGCUGCUACUCUUCCUCGACGAGCCCACGUCCGGUCUCGACAGUCAAAGUGCGUUCAACAUCGUUCGCUUCCUUCGAAAGCUGGCUGCCGCCGGUCAAGCCAUUCUUUGCACUAUCCAUCAACCCAAUUCUGCGCUCUUCGAGAACUUCGAUCGGCUUCUCCUCCUCCAGCGUGGAGGUGAGACUGUCUACUUCGGCGACAUUGGCAAGGACGCCAAUGUAUUACUGAGCUACUUCAAGAAGUACGGCGCUCACUGUCCACCAACCGCGAACCCUGCUGAGUGGAUGCUCGAUGCUAUCGGCGCAGGACAGGCUGCUCGAAUUGGCGACAAAGACUGGGGUGAGAUCUGGCGCGACUCGGAGGAACUCUCCGCCAUCAAGAGCGAUAUCGUACGCAUGAAAGAAGAGCGUAUCAAGGAAGUCGGCUCACAACCUCAAGUGGCGCAAAAGGAGUUCGCCACCCCACUUUGGCACCAGAUCAAGACUGUCCAGGCCCGCACCCACAAGGCCUUCUGGCGCUCACCCAACUAUGGAUUCACACGGCUGUUCAACCACGUCAUUAUCGCUCUGCUUACUGGUCUGAUGUUCUUGCGACUCGGCGACUCCAGGACGUCUCUGCAGUAUCGCGUGUUCAUCAUAUUUCAAGUCACGGUCCUGCCGGCCUUGAUCCUCGCACAAGUCGAGCCGAAGUACGACCUCAGUCGAUUGAUCUACUACCGCGAGGCAGCCUCGAAGACGUACAAGCAACUGCCGUUCGCGCUUUCCAUGGUUGUCGCCGAGAUUCCCUACUCGAUCCUCUGCGCUGUCGCUUUCUUCCUUCCGCUCUACUAUAUCCCAGGAUUCCAAUCUCCAUCCUCGCGAGCCGGCUACAACUUCCUCAUGGUCCUGGUCACCGAAUUUUUCAGCGUUACGCUCGGACAGACGAUUUCCGCUCUCACGCCCUCCACCUUCAUUGCUGUGCUCCUCAACCCCUUCAUUAUCAUUGUCUUCGCGCUGCUAUGCGGGGUAACCAUACCUAAACCUCAAAUUCCAGGGUUCUGGCGUGCAUGGCUCUACGAGCUGAAUCCGCUCACUCGCCUCAUCUCCGGUCUGGUCUCCAACGAACUCCACGACCGCGUGGUGAACUGCCAGCCCUUCGAGUUCAACACCUUCACGGCGCCAGAGGGCCAGACGUGCGGCGAGUACAUGUCCGACUUCUUCGCCAUGGGAGGACCGGGCUACAUCGCCGACAAUUCGACCUCCAACUGCCAGUACUGUGCGUACAGGAUCGGAGACCAAUUCUACGAGCCCUUGGGCAUCUCCUUUUCAACGAGAUGGCGCGACUUUGGCAUUCUGACGGCCUUCAUUGGGUCGAAUUUGAUUUUGCUGUUUAUCGGAAGCAGGUACUUGAACUUUAACAGAAGAUAAGACAGACAGGACAGAGAUGGGACGGGAUGGAUGGCCU